GGUGAUUCAGGCCAUCAUGACUGUGAUUGUGGCAGAUCAAAGAGGGCUCCACUUGCCAGUCACCACUCAGUUUUUAGUUUAUGGAAGUUACUUUGCUGUCAUUGCUGCGGUCUUCCUGAUGAGAAGCACAUACAUUAUCUACUCAGCCAAGUGCCGAAAGGAAGUGGAGAGCCUUGCCGCCGCCACUCAGAGUCCCAAUGAGCCACACCCACAAGAGCCAAGAGAUGUGUCAACAAAGUUCUAACCCAAUUACAUCACCUCCAGUCACAAAAGG